AUGGCUACGUUGAAAGCUUCCAUUAUUUCACUGCACGUGCACCCCGAGGGUGGUUUUGGUGCCAAAGGACCCUCGCAAGCUCAGCUGCGUGGCCUUCUUUUGGUGGAACCAGUUCCUAUCACGUUGGUAAGCGGUGUGCUCGGCAAACAGGCCAGUCUUCCGUGUGACAUCCGGCCGCUCGAACGGGACGACGCCGUGUACAUGGUGCUGUGGUUCAAGGAGGAGGACAACGAGCCACUUUACAAUUUCGACAUCCGGGGCCGGCAGGUGGCACAGGCACGUCUUUUCUCGUCGGAGAAGUACUUCGGCAAGCGGGCGUUCUUCCGAGCGACCACCCAUCCGGCGCAGUUGCUGGUCGACGAGCUCAAACUGUCGGACGAGGGCAUCUACCGGUGUCGGGUGGACUUUCGUAACUCACCCACCAGAAACGUUAAAAUUAACUUUACAGUCGUAGUUCCGCCAGAUCGGCCAGUAAUCUACGAUUCUCGGCGCCGGGAGAAAACCAACACUGUCGAACCAUACAGCGAGGGGAGCGACAUCCAGCUGGUCUGCGAGGUGAAAGGAGGUCGACCUAGGCCUAACGUCACAUGGUACCUGGACAACACGGUGAUAGACGAAUCGUACGAAACCAGACCGGACGGUACGACGGUCAAUCAUCUUUCCUAUCCGAACAUAGGGCGACAGCACCUGGAUGCCCGAUUGAUGUGCGUUGCUAGCAACACCAAUCUAACGCCUCCGAAUAAUAAGGUUGUGGUCCUGGACGUCAACCUGAAACCAGUGGCUGUGCACAUUCUGGUUAAGGAGAAAUUCGUUUCCGCCGAUAAACGGUACGAUAUCGAGUGUAAGAGCUCUGGAUCUCGACCGGAAGCGGUCAUUUCCUGGUGGAAAGGAACACGGCAGUUGAAGCGGUUGAGCAAAAACUUUGCCGAAACUGGAAACCAAUCGCUAAGUGUUCUCUCGUUUACGCCUGCGGUGGAAGACGACGGCAAAUAUCUAACCUGCCGGGCGGAAAAUCCUCUCAUUCCGGACAGUGCCAUCGAAGACAAAUGGAGGCUCGUGGUUCAUUAUAUGCCAAUUGUAACACUGAAGAUGGGAUCAUCGUUAAACCCAGACGACAUCAAGGAGGGCGAUGAUAUAUACUUCGACUGUCACAUUCAGUCGAAUCCAAAACCGUACAAACUGGCAUGGUAUCAUAACGGCAACGAAUUGCACCACAACGUUACAGCUGGCAUCAUCCUGUCGGACCACUCGCUUGCUCUGCAGAGUGUCUCUCGCAGUCUGGCUGGUGACUACACUUGUAUGGCGGCCAACACUGAAGGACGAGGAACCAGCAACCAUGUCACGUUACGAGUUCGCUAUGCACCGGUGUGCGCAACGGACCGUGAAGAGCUGCUCGGUGCACUCAAGCACGAAACGCUGCAGCUCAAGUGUGAGGUGGAUGCAUCUCCCCCGGCGGAAUCCUUUCAUUGGACUUUCAACUCAUCCGGCGAGCAAACAGAGCUACCGGCGAGGCUGCAUUCGAGCGAGACGGGUUUAUCGCGGCUUAAUUACACACCCACCUCGGACUUGGACUACGGCACGAUAUCCUGCUGGGGGCGGAACGCCAUUGGGCUGCAGAAAACGCCCUGCAUAUUUCAGGUCGUAGCAGCAGGGCGACCGCUUGCACUGCAGAACUGCACGAUAUCGAACCAAUCGUCCGACUCGCUACACAUCGAAUGUAUCGAAGGAUUCGACGGCGGGCUGCCGCAGAUGUUUCUUCUGGAGCUGGUCGAAGUGCCCGCGUUGAGACUGGUUAGAAAUUUAAGUUUACAGCAUCCUCCGGUGCAAUUUUUCUUAGAUAAUCUAGAGCCUGGCACCUCGUACCGGAUCAUUCUGUUUGCAGCGAAUGCGAAAGGUCGCUCCGAGCCGGUGAUAGUGGAUGAUAUCACCUUCAAGGGUGUAGCCAAGUACACUGGUGUAUCCAACGUUAUGAAUGUUCCUUUAUCGCCAGUAUUAGCCGCAUUAACACUUACGGUAGCGAUCCUGUUUGCCGUAGUCUGCAUCGUGUUGGCUACCAUCUAUCGACGACACGCUAGCAAGAACUCCUCCAAGAAACUAAAGUCAGCCAAAAGCGCACAUCUCACCUCGACCCCGAUAGACUGCCAAAUUGACUCAUCCGCACACCAUCACCACCAGACGCACGAUCCGAACGGGAUGCAGACUCCGUUGGUGGACGGCAGCGGGACCCUUGGUCGGCGCAGUCCGCAAACAUCCGGCGAACCGCCCGACGGAGACGAAACUGACCCGGAUGUUAUACCCAAUCAAUACGAACGGAGGCCGCCAAAGACAACACUUCCUACGCCGUUGUUCCGCAGCCCGUCGGCACGGCUAAUACAGCGCAACGGUGGCGAGCAUUUGCUCCACGACGAGGAGCGCCAUUGUGAUGGAUCCAGUCUGGCAUCGCUGACCGGGUCGAACAAUGAAGUACAUCAUUAUUCUUUUAAGCCUAGCAAACAAAUUAGUUAUGCAACGCUCGGCCGUACUAGUAAUAGUGGCAGCAACGUCCAGUCAACACUCAGCCCGCUGAGCCAUCAGCCGUCGUCCGGAAGUACGACGCUGCCCUUGCCGUCGAUUGUCGGCGGCGUUGGAGUUGGCGUGAGCAGUCUGCUGAGCAGUCCUGCGUCCCAGUCGCAUGUCACGUCAACGCUCAAUGAGUACCGGUUUCGGCCGGAAGUGGUUACGACAUCCAACCGAAUACAGGAAAGUUGUAUAUAA